AGUGGAACUCGGCAGAGAAAUCAGAAAUGGAGGAAUAUCUGUGGACGCAGUUACAUUUACACGCGCCAGAAUCCGAUUUCCACUCAGUACCAGUAAUGCAAUUCACAUUCAGUACCACUCAUCGGUUCGUAUAUGGAGAGACAGGGGAGUCAAGCUUUCUGGCCUUCUGGGGAGGACAAGGGGCUGGUCUGACAUCGGUUGUGCGGCCUCCUCAGCAGUCGCUGCCGUCGCAGGACGCGUGUAAUCGGAUUUCAUCUGGUUACAUCUCAUUCACGCGAAGGAGGUUCGCCAAGGCUUCUACACAGACGUGAACACCUGGAGACCAGACCACCUCCUUCCUAAGAUGGCUGAUACUGCAAAGUAUGCUCCCCUUCCCAUCAGUUCUGGAAAUUUACAUUCAGAACAGAAACCCCAUUUGUUUCUAUUCAAAACCCAGAGGACCAAGGUUUGUCUGUACGGGUGUGUCUUUGUUUUUGUUGCUUUCACCAUUUUCUUAGCCUUCAGUCCUUCGCCAGCCUCCUCAUCUCCUUGGUUCACAAAUGUAUUUCCUUUAACUAGCAGCGACAGCAGCCGUAUUAUUGGGAGUGUAUCUGUGCCUACAUCAUCUUCUUCGAUUCUCUCUGAUGAGGCAUAUAGAUCUCAUUUCUCUUCAAUUUUUUCUUACUUUUUCCCAAAUUAUUCUCAGCAAGCUCAAAACUUUACUGCUGCUCCCCCUUAUAAUGCCCCAGCAUCUCAGAGUAACAGUUCCUCUGAAAUGCUCAGUUUGAGUAAAGAGCCAGAAGUCACGAAAAAUAAGACUCAAGCUAAUGGUGAAGUUGAAAUCUUGAAUCCAUCAAACCAGACCGCAACUGUGAAUGCAACAGCUGCAUCAGAGUCUUCUUCUGGGUUGCGUAAGGAGCCAUCAACUGGAAAUAAUCAGAAUCAGAGUAAAGUUUCUGGUGAUAAUGUUGGAAUCUUGAACUCAAAUUUGAGUUCAAUUGAGGGCAAAAAGUCUACAGGGAAUCAGACUCUGGGUUCACUGCCAAAAUCUGGUUCUGAGGAGAAGAAUGCGACUGGUAAGGGAGAGAAUAUAAUUGCAGAGAAAGGUGUGCUGUGGAACUCCACUUCUUUUGAGAAGAAGCACAACAAUGUGUCAAGUUCCAGCAUGUCAGUGACACAUGGUAGUGAUGAUUUCAUUAAAUCGUUGUUGAAUUGUGAUUUCUUUGAUGGGAAUUGGGUGAAGGAUGAGUCUUACCCUCUGUACAAGCCCGGCUCUUGCUCAGUUGUUGAUGAGCAAUUCGACUGCUUUCUUAAUGGAAGGCGUGAUAGUGAUUAUUAUAAAUACAGAUGGAAACCCAAUGCUUGUACCCUCCCAAGAUUGAAUGCCACUCACAUGCUGGAAAUGUUGAGAGGGAAGAGAUUAGUAUUUGUUGGUGAUUCUCUGAAUAGGAAUAUGUGGGAAUCUCUUAUCUGCAUUCUCAGAAACUCAGUAAAAGAUCAGACGAAAGUUUAUGAAAAAUCCGGUAGACAAUAUUUUCGCGUAGAAACUUACUACUCAUUUGUAUUUGAAGAAUAUAACUGUACAGUGGAGUUCUGUGUAUCUCCUUUCUUGGUUCAAGAAUGGGAGGUAACCGAUAAAGAGGGACAGAAGAAGGAAACACUCCGACUUGAUUUAGUCGAAAAUUCUGCCACUAAAUAUAAAGAUGCAGACAUCAUAAUUUUCAACACAGGCCACUGGUGGACUCACGAGAAGACUUUCAAAGGGGAGGAUUAUUAUCAAGAAGGCAAUCACGUGUACCCUGAACUGGAUGUUCUUGAGGCUUUUCAGAAAGCUUUGACGACAUGGGGAAGAUGGAUUGAUGCCCAUAUAAAUCCUGCAAAACAGUUUAUUGCCUUCAGAGGUUAUUCCGCAUCUCAUUUCCUUGGUGGCCAGUGGAACUCUGGCGGGGCGUGUGACCGGGAAAUGGAACCUAUAAAGAAUGGGAGGACUAACCUAAAACCAUAUCUACCCAUGAUGGAAGUCUUGGAUAGAGUAUUGAAAGAUAUAAAGACUCCAGUCUCUUACCUUAAUAUCACAAGAAUGACUGAUUUCCGAAAGGAUGCCCACCCAUCAAUGUACCGGACCCGAAAUAUGACCGCUGAGGAGCGGAAAAAUUGGUUUAUACACCAAGAUUGCAGCCAUUGGUGCCUGCCCGGCGUGGCGGAUAACUGGAAUGAGCUCCUGUAUGCAGAACUACUUGUGAACCAAUACCAGAAGCAACAACAAAGCAGCAGAUCAUAGGUAAAAUGACACAAGCCAGGCGGAGGCCUGAGGUUUUGUACUUUUAUUUCAGUUUUCUGUUAGUUUGAGAAAUUUUUUACCAAUAAAAAUACUUUGCUAUUCAACAUUUUUUUUUA